UAAAAAGGAAGGAAAUGCUAUCUAACAUUUGCAACAACAUGGAUAAACCUGGAGGACAUUAUAUUAAAUGAAACAAGCCAGGCACAGAAAGACAGAUACUGCAUGUUCUUAUUUAUAUGUGCACUGUAAAAAAGUCAUACAGAGAGGGCGGCGCCUGUGGCUCAGUCAGUAAGGCGCCGGCCCCAUAUACCGAAGGUGGCGGGUUCAAGCCCUGCCCCGGCCAAACUGCAACCAAAAAAUAGCCGGGUGUUGUGGCGGGCACCUGUAGUCCCAGCUGCUCGGGAGGCCGAGGCAAGAGAAUCGCUUAAGCCCAGGACUUGGAGGUUGCUGUGAGCUGUGUGAGGCCACAGCACUCUACAGAGGGCCAUAAAGUGAGACUCUGUCUCUACAAAAAAAAAAGUCAUACAGAGAUUAAAAAAUGGUGGUCAUCUGAGGCUGAAGGGUGGGGGGUUGGUAAGGUUGUUCAUCUAAAUGUUAUUGGAGAGAGACGUUUGUUAGCUUACUCCUUUCUGCCUGUGGACGCUGCCGAGGAAGCAUCGUUAAAGUCUCUCUUCCCACUGCCGUCAUGUCUAAGUCAGAGUCUCCUAAAGAGCCCGAACAGCUGCGGAAGCUAUUCAUUGGAGGGUUGAGCUUUGAAACGACUGAUGAGAGUCUGAGGAGCCAUUUUGAGCAAUGGGGAACGCUCCCAGACUGCGUGGUAAUGAGAGAUCCAAACACCAAGUGCUCCAGGGACUUUGGGUUUGUCACACACGCCCCCGUGGAGGAGGUGGAUGCAGCAGUGAAUGCAAGGCCACACAAAGUGGAUGGAAGAGUUGUGGAACCAAAGAGAGCUGUUUCCAGAGAGGAUUCUCAAAGACCUGGUGCCCACUUAACUGUGAAAAAGAUCUUUGUUGGUGGCAUUAAAGAAGAUACUGAAGAACAUCACUCAAGAGACUAUUUUGAACAGUAUGGGAAAAUUGAAGUGAUUGAAAUCAUGACUGACCGAGGCAGUGGCAAGAAGAGGGGCUUUGCUUUUGUUACCUUUGAUGACCAUGAUUCUGUGGAUAAGACUGUCAUUCAGAAAUACCACACUGUGAAUGGCCACAACUGUGAAGUAAGGAAAGCCCUGUCAAAGCAAGAGAUGGCUGGUGCUUCGUCCAGCCAAAGAGGUCGAAGUGGUUCUGGAAACUUUGGUGGGGGUCGUGGAGGUGGUUUUGGUGGAAAUGACAACUUUGGCAGUGGAGGAAACUUCAGUGGUCGCGGUGGCUUUGGUGGCAGCUGUGGUGGUGGUGGAUAUGGUAGCAGUGGGGAUGGCUACAACGGAUUUGGUAAUGAUGGAAGCAAUUUUGGAGGUGGUGGAAGUUACAAUGAUUUUGGCAAUUACAACAAUCAGUCAUCAAAUUUUGGACCUAUGAAGGGGGGAAAUUUUGGAGGCAGAAGCUCUGGCCCUUAUGGUGGUGGCGGCCAAUACUUUGCCAAACCAUGAAACCAAGGUGGCUAUGGUGGUUCCAGUAGCAGCAGUAGCUAUGGCAGUGGCAGAAGGUUUUAAUUAUUCCCAGGAAACAAAGCUUAGCAGGAGAGGAGAGCCAGAGAAGUGACAGGGAAGCUACAGGUUACAACAGAUUUGUGAACUCAGCCAAGCACGGUGGUGGCAGGCCCUAGCUGCUACAAAGAAGACAUGUUUUAGACAAUACUCAUGUGUAUGGGCAAAAAACUCGAGGACUGUAUUUGUGACUAAUUGUAUAACAGGUUAUUUUAGUUUCUGUUUUGUGGAAAGUGUAAAGCAUUCCAGCAAAGGGUUUUAAUGUAGAUUUUUUUUUUUU